UUGACCGUUGUUUUCUUUAGGCCUCAUUUCGCUACCCUCACCUGAUCUUGAUUGACCCCUCUCAACCUAACCACCAUCACCAUUUCUGUACCAAAUCUCUCACAUGAUCACCAAAUCUAUCACAUGAUCUUCUCUCCACCCUUUCUCAUUCUUCUUUCUUCUCAUUAAACCAAACUAAAAACUUUUUUUCAAAGACAAAAAUGGCAGCAAAAUCCGACUUUGCACAAAAGUUGUUGAAUGAUCUCCGUCUCAGGAAAGAACGAAUGGGCGCAUCUCAGGGUUCGGCUCGUAACCAUGCUACAACUAGAGAUGCAUAUAGAGACCCAGGGAGUAUGCAGAGAGGAUCUAGACACACCAAAUCAAUGGGCGGGUCGAAAUCUACGAACCAGCAGCUAGUUCCUUCAAGAGGAUCACAACAACAAAUUGUUUCAUAUUCCAGUAGACAACACCAGCGAUCAGAAACAAUGGGAGACUUAUCAAUGGCGUUCACUUACGCCGUUAAACACGGCGGAAAACUCAUGAACGUCGAUUUUUCGAAUGCUAGUAACACAAAUACAAUGAUAGAUUUCUUGAACCAAAUCGGCCGAAAAACAUUUGAAGCUGGAAAUGCUCGAAACGGGACAAUGUCAACGAGUCUAGUGAAGCAUGGGGCGUCAAACGGUGUGGUUGCGCCUGCUCUUACAACAAUUCAGAUCAAGGAGAUAUCAAAAGGGGUUCAAAAUCUAUAUGAAAUUAUUCGAUCUACUUCGAAUGGAACGAAUGUUAAUAGGUAUUCGAUGGAGGUGGGGAAAGAGCUGUUGAAAGGGGCAAAGGGUUUGGAAGAAUCGUUAAGAAUGCUUGUGAAUUUGCAAGAAGCUUCGGAAAUGAUGGUUAAGCCGCAACGAAAGAGUCGAAUUACGUUACUUGAAGUCGAUGAUGAUAAAGAAGAAGACGGGCGUUCGAAGGUUGUUGAGCGAAACCAGGUUGCUCUGCCUCGGUUCUCGUUCGACAAGCCUUCGAAAAAAGCGAAUUCGCAGUUCGCCGAUGGUUUUAGUAAGGUUCCAACAUACCAGUGGUCGGCUGCAGGGGAUAGUACAGUAUCCCCUGCAGCCGACACUGAAAGUGUUGGAAGCGUUUCUUAUGCAAAACCCACUUCGGAAAAAGGAAGGAUUUCAAAUGUGAUUGCCAAACUAAUGGGACUCGAAGAAGUUCCCGUGAAGGUUGAUUCAUAUUCGCGGAGAGACGAGGUCAAGAAAGUUGACUAUUCGAGUAUGAGCAUUGUUAACAAGCCUUCGAGACCGGUGAAAGAUAGUGUGAUUCCGCAACAGGUGGAAUUGUAUUCCAAGCGAGGUGAAGUUGUGAAAAACGAAGAUAUGAAUAAGAUCACAGUCAAGAAGACUUCUAGACCAGCAAAUGAUCGAAAACCGCAACAAACCCAUGAUUCGAAUACGAAUGGGGAGUCUAGAAUGAAUCAAAUCAACAAGAACAACCGAGCAGAUCGAGUUUCCCAAAAGCAAGAGCGACAAUCAAAGGAUGAAGUGAAAGAGAAGGUGCAUUCAAAGCGAAGAAGCCCGGAAGUUGUAGAGAAUUCGCAAGCGGGCAAGAAGAAAACCGUUCGAGCAGAGAAGAGUAACGAGAUCAAACUCGUUCCAAGAAGCAAUAACAUUCAAGAACCAGAAAGAAGGGCUCAAAAGAUUAAACAAGACUCACAACAAAUCAAAUCAGUAAGAAACACGAAACCGGUUUCAAAAGAGUCCAAACCGGAGUCCAAACCGCAACCUGUUGAAGGAAAUCAGAAAGUUAAAGAUCCAACCCCAAAGGCACAAGAACCGGAACUAAAACAACAGAAGUUGGUGCCUGUGGUACGAAAGAAGGUAGAUGCGAUAGCGGUGGCUAGAAUCGAGUCCCCUCGAACAAAAGACGAGGUGUUGAGGAGAAGAAAUCGAACGAUCAACAACUUACCGACACCAUUAAAGCAUAAACUUUCGGUUUUGAAAGAAACUAACAGAAAUGAAGUGCACAUCCGUUCGGGACCUGAAGAAAUCAAGACCAAAAAAGCGAGUUCGAUUUCAAAUGCAAAUGAAACAGAUGCGAUAACCCGAUCAUAUGACAUUGUACCCAUAUGCGAAAACGAAACCAAGAGGGAUCCUCAAGUAAAAAAAGAAAUGAAGAGGGAUACUCAAAUAACAAAUGAAACCAAGAGGGAUUCUCAAAUAACAAAUCAAACCAAGAGGGAUACUCAAAUAACAAUUGAAGCCAAGAGGGAUCUUCAAAUAACUUCGGAAAUCAUAGUUGCUGGUACAAAUGCAGGAAUCCAAGAUAAGAGUAAUCUUUUGGAAAACAAACCGAAGAAAGCAUUCUACUCGAGCAUGCAAGUAGCACUAACCGAAAAAGAGAAGCAACUGAAAGAGAUUCUGAUCAAAGAUCAACUCUUUUUAAGCACAACAGAAGCCCUUUUCAAACUCAACAUACCCGUCGGGUUUCUUCAUGUAGAUGAUCAUAACCAUCACGACAAUGAAACUAAGUUGAAACUAGAUUGCGGGUAUGAAAUCUUGAAACGAAAAGCCAGAAGCCAAGAACUAUCAAUUCAUCCAUAUGUCAAACCAUCCAUUGGCAAUACGAGUAUAAGGUUCCUGGACGACUUGGUAAAACAGUUGUAUAAAGAUUUGGAAGGCGUGCGGCUAUAUGGUAGAGAUACACGUAACGAAUACGACGAAAGUGAUUACUUGCAUCAUAUGCUUGAAAAAGACAUUUAUAACAAAAAUCCAGAUAUCAACAGUUUUUGGGAUUUCGGUUGGCAUAUAACGACUUUUACAUUUGUGGAAAAAGAUGAGUUUGUGUGUGAUGUGGAACAAGAUAUGCUUUGUAGACUAGUAGAUGAGGUUGUCGACGAUCUUUUGAGCAUGUAGGGAUCGUCGAACGAGAGUGAAUAGUGUUUAUUUAUAUGUGUAAUGAAGCGUUUUGUGUGACGAUAUUUGUAAAGAUGAAGAUGCAAAUACAGAAUUUUUGGGUU